CUUCCCGGAACCCUGAGGGGCCAAGAGAGAGAUAAUGAGGUGGGUCGGGGAUCGAAGCUACAACCCAGGCAGCGCCCCCGACCGAGAACCGGACCUACGACCCUCGGUUUGCUGGCCGACACUAACCCAUGGGCCAAACCAGCCAAGACAUGGAAGACUAAGGCCUGUUGAAAGUGCAGAGCUCAGCCCCAGCAUCCACUGCCCCCAAAAGCUCCAUGCAGGUGCCACGGGAUGGAGAGGACUUUGCCAGCCAACCCUGGUACCACGGCCCCCUGUCCCGCCAGAAGGCAGAGGCUUUUCUUCAGCGAGAUGGUGACUUCUUGGUUCGCACAUCUGGGUCCCGUGGGGGCCAACCUGUGAUCUCCUGUCGCUGGCGGGGCUCAGCCCUACACUUUGAGGUGCUCCGUGUGGCCUUGCGUCCCCAGCCAGGCCGGCCCACAGCCCUCUUUCAGCUGGAGGAUGAGCGUUUCCCAAGCCUGCCUGACCUGAUUCGCAGCUAUGUGACUGGCCAACGUCCACUGACCCAGGCUACAGGGGCUGUGGCCUCCAGGCCAGUGAUGCGGCAAGGACCUAUUCCACGCAGCUUUAGUGAGGACACCCUCUUAGAAAGCCCAUCUCGGAUAGAGCUACUCAGGGCUAGGAAGUGGAGUGACAGCCAUCCUUCAGGUUUGGAGCAUGUGGGGCAGUCAAGAGAAGGCCACUCUGAACCAGGAGCCUCCACUGUGCCCACAUUUGCCCUGUCUAGCAUGGGUAGUGACCCUGUGCUGCUGAAGACUCUGGCUCCCCUGGGAUCUAUUGGUGACAGCCUCAGGGCCUCAGAUGGGCAGCUUCAUGCCAAGGCGCCAACCAAGCCACCUCGAACGCCUUCACUGGUGCUGCCUGAUGCCUCUGAACAACCCUCAACGUACUGUGAGCUAGUGCUUCGAGUGUCCACUGCCCAGGGUACACCCCCUGGCCACAGAUGCCCAGAGCCAGAAGCCCCAUGGUGGAAGGCCCAGGGGGAGGAGGAAGAGGAGAGAUGUUUUGCCAGACCACGGGCAGAUGUCUCUUUCUGCUGCUCAGACAACCCCUCUGGCCUGCUGGGCCCCCAGAAUCGGCCCCUGGAACCCAAAGUCCUGCGUGCGCUCCGUGGCCUGUUCCUGGAACACCAUCCUGAGAGCACUGCCCUCCACCUGCUAUUGGCAGACUGUCAGGCUGCUGGCCUACUGGGAGUGACCAAGGCUAAGUGGGAUGCCAUGGGGGUUGCCUCUGGCCUGGAGCUACUCACGCUUCCCCACGGCCAUCGCUUGAGGUCAGAACUGCUGGAAAGGCAGGAGGUGCUGGCGCUGGCCGGUGCGCUGGCGGUGCUGGGCUGCACGGGGCCGUUGGAGGAGCGCACAGCCGCCCUGAGGGGUCUGGUAGAGCUGGCACUGGCGCUGCGUCCAGGGGCGGCGGGGGACCUGCCUGGACUGGCCGCUGUCAUGGGCGCCUUGCUCAUGCCCCAGGUGUCCCGGCUGGAACGCACAUGGCGCCAGCUCCGAAGGAACCACACCGAAGCCGCGCUGGCCUUCGAGCAGGAGCUGAAGCCGCUGAUGCGGGCGCUGGAUGAGGGCGCCGGACCCUGCGACCCUGGUGAGGUGGCGCUUCCUCACGUGGCACCCGCAGUGCGCCUGCUGGAGAGCGAGGAACUCCCGGGGCUGGGGCCGCUGGACGAGAGUUGCGAGCAGCUGCUGCGCACCCUGCAGGGGGCGCGUCAGAUAGCCCAGGACGCACUUAAAUUCCGUGAGGCCGCAGCCCAGCGCCUGCAAGGAUUCAAACCUAACCCUGAGCUGCAGGAGGCCCUGACAACUGACUUCAUGCGGAAGUUGCUCUGGGGGAGCAGGGGAGAAGGGGCUCCAUGGGCCAAACGUCUGGAGAAGUUUCAGCACGUCCUCAGUGUCCUGUCUCAGCGCCUGGAGCCUGACUGCUGAGAGUGCAGACCUCCUUCUUCACACGGGAACACCCAGACUUCUGGUGACCCCAGUGGGAGACCAAGGAAGUCAUCCCAGAUUGCUCACACAGCCAAACAGGGUGAGGACGCACACCCUGACUUGAGUAUGCCAGGGGCCAGGUUUGCAAGAAACCACCCUGCCCCAAAAAAUAUACAGAAAUCCUGGGGUGAGGGGCAGCCUCCUCCCUGACAGGAGACCAUCUGGAGGCCUUGGCUGCCCUCUCAUGCCCCCACCCCCACACGUAUCCCACAAGUAGUGAUCAUGUAGCUUCUAAUGAUAAGAGAACUUUCAGCUCUUUAAGAGGCCAGAGUUCAAAUGCCUUUUAAAAGUGUGACUGUUAGCAGAUACUUACCCUCUGUGCCUGCCUUCAGCAUACAAAUGAGCCUGUGCUUUCUAGGGGUUAUCUUGGGAAUUAAAGCUUAAUAUUUAAAUGAGAUAAUGGGUGGAGAAGGCCUAACACACAAUAGGUGCUCAAUAAACACUACCUAUUCUCGGUAAGCUGCCAUGAACAUGGAAGGGAUGAUGGUUGGCACCCGUCUCCCUACAUUGGUCACAGACAAGGACCCAACUCUCAGGAGGGGGCAGGGUGUAUCCCAGGUGUGCCCAAAUUCACCUCCCCUUCCUCAUUCCCUCUGUGGCCUGUAAGGAGGGUGGUAU